GACCUGUUGCACCUUUCACAAGUCUAGCCGGUUCACCCGUGCCGUUGCGACCGAUUUCGACAGGAAAGGUUGCAGACGAAACAGUUACCAGGCUUCCUGUAUAACACUAAUCCAUAGAACGACUCGUCACCUACUACUGCAUCAACAUUUCAUAACCGAUUAAUAAUAUUCCAACAAAAAGUGACUCAAGAUUCAAUAGAUUAAAAAUCAAAAGAAGCCGGCUGAUAUAGCACUUUCGCUGAAAGCGCCAACGAGGGAUCCACGUGUUCUGCGAGGCUUGAACAGCUAACAACCGCGCAAUCAUGAAAAUCGCCGUGAUCGGCGCCGGAGCUGCGGGGCUCGCCGCGCUCCGGCACUGCGUUUCCGGCACUUACGGCGAUCAGGUGGUGUGCUACGAAAAAACAGAUCAAAUCGGCGGAACCUGGGUGUACCGGGAGGAAACUGGUUCCGAUAGAUACGGUUUGCCGAUUCACACCAGCAUGUACAAGAGCCUGAGAACCAAUUUGCCGAAGGAAGUGAUGGGCUAUCCGGACUUUCCGGCACCGGAAGGACCCGAGAGCUACCUGACGCGCACGGAGAUUCUGGAUUUUCUGAAUGCGUACUGCGAUCAUUUUGCGCUACGCCCUCACAUUCGGCUGCUGCAUAAUGUAGAACUGGUGAGGCCGGUUGCGGGGGACCGGAAGUGGUCGGUCAAGGUCAGGGACUUGCAGGGGGACGUGGUGGUGACCGAGCCGUUCGACGCGGUCAUGGUGUGCAACGGCCACUACUUCGAGCCCAGGAUCCCGAGUAUGUCCGGCCAGGAGGUUUUCGCGGGCAGGCAGAUGCACAGCCACGAUUACAGGGUACCGGAGGUCUUCGACGGCAAGAAUGUCGUCGUCCUGGGAGCCGGUCCUUCCGGUAUGGAUUUGGCGUUGGAAAUAUCCAGGAAUGCGAGUCGCGUGAUCCUGAGUCAUCACCUGACCGAAAGCAUCGCCACCGUAUUCCCCGAGAAUGUCGUGCAGAAAGCUGACGUAGUGGAAUUGACGGAGCGCGAGGCGGUUUUUGCGGACGGGACGAAGGAGCAGGUCGACGUCGUCUUCUAUUGUACAGGCUACAAGUACAACUUCCCCUUUCUCGACGAAUCUUGCGAGGUCCGAGUGGAUUCCAACAUGGUCACGCCCCUCUGGAAGCAUCUGGUGUCCGUAGAGAACCCUACCCUGGCGCUAAUCGGCCUUCCGUUCUACGUGUGCGCCUUUAGCAUGUUCGAUUUGCAGGUGCGAUUCGUCCUACGACACUGGCGCGGCGAGAGGCAGUUUCCCGCGCGAGCGGAUAUGCUGAGCUCCGAGGCGGAGGAGGCGGCGAGACGCGCUGAGAGAGGUCUGCAGAAGAGACACUUUCACAUGAUGGGCCCCGAGCAAGGUCACUAUUACGACGACCUGGCGAACGUCGCGGGGGUCACGCCGCUGCCGCCCGUGCUGACGAAGCUCCACAACGACAGCAGCAUGCGCUUCCUCGACGACCUAGUGCACUACCGGCAGGACCGGUACAAGAUCGUCGACGAUUAUAAUUUUGUUCAGCUUUAACGGUCGUUCAGAGGAUUGGAUAUUUUUCAGUCGUGAAUUUUGUACCUCAUUCAAGUAUCUGGGGAUACUUGUGCAUUCGAAAUCGUAAGAGGGACGUUCGCCGCCUGUUCCCGCUUGUAAAUCAAUCCUUGCUCUUUCGCGUGUCAAAUUUAUGCGGAUUUCUCUGCCGUUCAAACAUGUGCGAUUAUCCUUUUGUAGCGAUUAGAGUUACUCCCGUGUUAAUAUCUUUGUCUACGAAGCUAUGAUUCUGUUAUGAUUAUCUGAAACCUUUAAGUUGCUAAAUUACUCGUACUAGCGAGGAUAUUUAAGUUUGAGGAGUAUAAACGAUAAACGUGUGGUCUAAUUUGUCUUAUGCAAGUCGCAACUCCGAUACAGUAGAUCUUGUUAAUUAUAAAUAUCUUUUGAAUCACAAUGAAACACAAAUUCCAUUUAACGGCUGAAGGUCCUAACGACAUAUAUUUCAUUUUGCUUACAAAACUUUUCCGACAUAUCGUACUUGUAACAUGUCAUAUUAAAAUAGCUCAUUUCUAACAACUUCAGCCAUAAAUAACGUAAAAUUGUGACGUGAUAGAGUAAUUUAGUAAUCAGAAAGAAGUUUAAAUAAAAACAAGAAAAAUCUAGGAAAUGACUGAACAA